AUGGUCCGGGCAGCAGCGUCGGUCGCGCGGGCAGCGUCAGCGUGCACACGGGCAUCGCGCGCGCAGCCCAGCCGCGCGGUGCAGACAGACGCCGCCGCUCCCUCUUCGCCCGCACCCGCACCAGACCAGCCGGCGUUCGUCUCGCGGAGCCAGCGCGAGCACGAGGCAGCGUACAAGGCGCUCCUCGAAAAGGUUCAGCAACGGAGGGUCCAGCGCUACAACGCCGAGGUCUUUGAGAAGCUCGGGUCGACUCAGAACCGCCACAACACCUACCAGUCGCAUCACAACGUCUCCCGACCGCCUACCCCCGUCUCCGUUACCGCAUCCCACCUCGUCGCCGCAGGGGCGCACCUCGGCCACUCCAAAGCCAACACACACCGCGCCUCCCUCCCCCUCAUCUACGGAACCCGAGCCGGCCUGUCGUACAUCGACAUCCGACAAACCCUCCCUGCACUUCGUCGAGCCGCGCAGGUGCUCAAGGGCGUCGUCGAGCGUGAUGGACGGGUCGUCUUCGUCGGGAGCUUGAAGGGAACAGAGAAGGCCGUGUUUGAGAACGCCAAGCGGCUGGGGGAGAACGGGUACGGUGUCACGAAGUGGUUGCCCGGUACGAUCUCGAAUGCGCGGGAGGUCUUCAAGUGGUGCGCGGUGCCGCAGCCUGAAGUCACCGAGGAGCAGCAGCGGGCACACGAGCAGCGGAGGGGAGGACGGCCCGGACGCCCUCUGACACCACAAAAGGUCACGCCGCUCUCGUUCAAGCCCGACCUCCUCGUCCUCCUCUCGCCUACCCUGAACGAGCACGCCAUCCGCGAGGCGACGCAGAACGAGGUCCCGACUAUCGGCAUCACGGAUACCAACCUCGACCCCCGAAUCGUCACGUAUGCCAUUCCGGCGAACGACGACUCUCCUCGGGCGGUCGAGCUGAUUGCAGGCAUCUUGGGCAUGGCGGGCAAGGACGGGUUGGCGGCCAAGGAGGCGAGGCUCAAGCGGGAAGCAGCGGCGCAGCGGUACCGCGCAGAACGGCAGGACCGGUAG